UCCCCCCUUUACGCCGCUGCAUAGUCACUUUAAUAACUCUACCUACAUGUACAUAUUACCUCAAUUACCUCGACUAACCGGUGCCUCCGCACAUUGACUCUGUACCGGUACCCCCUGUAUAUAGCCUCACUAUUGUUAUUUUACUGCUGCUCUUUAGUUAUUUGUUACUUUUAUUUAUUUAUUGUGUUUUUCUUUAAACUGCGUUGUUCGUUCAGGGCUUGUAAGGAAACAUUUCACUGUCAGGUCUACACCUGUUGUAUUCGGCAUGUGUGACAAAUAAAAUUUGAUUUGAUUUUAAUUUGAAGUCAACAUUCUCUGGUGUGUGGACUUUCAACCAUCUUUUUGGUACCAUUUGAAAGUUAAAAUUUCAAUUUUAUUCCCAUUUCAGUAAAUUCAUCAGCCAAAACAUGACACCCACCCUGUAUUCAGGAGCAUGUUGUGUCUAAACCGAUGGUGGGCACAAGACAAAAACCUCAGAUUAAGUCAAAUAGGGUCUAAGCUACAACAUCUGAUUAUGCUAAAAAUUGGAGUUGACCCGUUUUUAGACAAUUGACAUAUACUGUAAUAAAAUGACAAAUGUUAUACCCCCCAAAAUUCCAAUAAAUUAUUGAAUAGUUUGACACCCCUGUUUGUAAGCUUUUAAAUUAUAUCAAUCUCAACCAUUUGUCGUUUCCAGUGAUGAGGACAUGGAUGUCUCAUAUUAUUGUGGGGUAUAAAAAAUAUGGCAAUCUUUGAUGUUUUGGCAUCCAGGUCUAAGAAGUCACUUUCUGAACACUUCUACAAUGGGCCAGUAUGGAUGAAAGGUUUCGUUCAUAUCAAAAGGGGUGCUGUCAAAAAGUUACUUCACAACUGUACUUGAUCUACAGUAUUUCAUAAAAUAAUGGAUAAAAUACCUGGGUUUAUUGAUGAUUUAUUUUUAAUUUUUUUGUCAUAACAAAAAAACAUGUUAGAAACGCAGAAGGGAAAUCAAAUAAAUCAUAGCCUGGGUGACAAUCUGUUUCUGCUCUUUUGCCAACUUCUUAUGGACUUGUCAUGCCUGGCUUGACAAUGGAGUAGGCAUAAGCAUAAACCAGGCUAAAAUACAUUUUCAUACAAGAAUAUGACAUCAUCAGUUGCUAAUUUACCAGUCCCAGGGUCAAUGUGACCAAAGUCUACCUAGACUUUGAGGUGGUUGUUUUAGUCCAUGAUGCUUUGCUUCACUUCCUCCUUUCUUUCCAACCACAACUCACAGUGAAGAAAAAAACUCCAUCGCAUCGAGCCUCAACUCAAGUGAAAAAGGGGGGAAACCCUGUCUAAAGAACAUGUCUCUGAAAUGCAGCAUGGUAUGCAGCAGACAGAUUUGUUUGUACAAGGACACUACAAGACACACUAGAGGAUGAAGAGUCAACAGCACACCUCCAGAUACCUGCUGCUCCAUGUGUGGUGCGGGUUUCUCACAGUCGCAAUGGGGAUUAUGGUCGCAGUUCUCACAACAGUGCAAAUAAGCUCACCUGACAAGAGUAAUUUACCUGAAUCAAAGGAGGAAAACCAGCACCCUCCAAACGGCAGUUUUCUGGCUCAAUUGAAUUCAUCAAAGGCUCCCAGUCCCUCCUAUAUCCAGCUGACCAUGGAAGGAACAUUAUCUUGGGAGAAUGACCAUGAUGCCCCCGUCUGUGGCUCUUGCUCCCUCGUCCUCCGCGACAACUCUGUCUACAUCAGAUCUGAAGGCUUCUACUACUUCUAUGUCCAGGUCACCUUCACUAGGCACACCGGGGGAGAGGAGAAGAGGAAGGUGACUCUGUUCAAAAAUGGCAUUCAACAUAAGACCCAGCAAAGGAGACUGAGUGAAGCCGUGUAUCACGGAGAGAAAGAGUGCACUGUAUUCAUGUCCAGGAUGGUUAAGCUCCAACAAGGUAACAGUCUCAGCCUUGAGAUAACAUCCAAGAAUAAUAGUUUUAGGUAUGGGGGAGAGAAUACCUAUUGGGGGGCAUAUCAGCUCCCCCCAUAUUGAGCCAACAGACAUUGUUAUUGAGACUUCGUUCAAGAUUGAACCAAAGAAGCUGUUAAAACGUUGUUUUUUUUUUUACAGUGUGCGUUAGUUACUAAACUGAAUUUAUUUUGUGAAAACUGUAACUGUUUAGCAUAUGCAUUGUUUGUUUCGCUGAACAGAUUUGAUUAUAUAAUGAGGUAACAGAAUACAUCUUCAAACUAUGUAUUUGUGUGUGUGUGUGUGAUUUCUUGUGAUAUUAAUGGUAUCUGUCAUGAUGUGAAUAAGUCGAUGCUAGCUAUUAUAGACACUAAAUAGUUUUGAUAUGGAGACAGUGGUCGUGUCUGAAUACCCAUACUAGCAUACUAAAUAGUAUGCACAAAAAAAAAAAGGUUUUAUAGUAUCUGAAAUUUCUAAAAUAGCAUUACGAAUGUGUCAUCUAAUGUGCAAUUUGCGUUGAUUCCCACUGUUUAUUCAUUUUGGUACAGCGCAUCAAUUUAUCUGAUUAUCAGCUGUUCUACUAGAUCAAACAGCAAAAUGACUUACAGUUUAAGUAUGCUACUGCCACUAUUUACUGUUAUCAUCCAUUGUCUAUGUUAUUUAGCAGUCGCUCUUAUCCAGAGCGACUCCCAUUCUUCUCCACUGUGGGAAUCUAACCCACAACCCUGGCAUUGCAAGUACCAAGCUCUACCAACUGAGCCACACAGGAGGUAGCACUUACCACAUGGUGGCGCCACCUCACUACAGAGGCAGAUGUCCUUCUCUGUCACUUUUGAGAUGGAUUCUGCUGCUAUCACAGACUCAGCUUAUUCAGAGACAUGCAAACUAGGUCUGAAAACACCUGUACCUAUUAGCAUUAGAAAAUUUGAAGUAACAGAAACA